AUGCUGAUUUUCGUAUCGUCAGAGGAACGAUGGGACCCCAAAACCACACGGUAUCAUACACCCAAACUUAUAUCAAAUUUGAAACGAGAUUAUCAAUCUGGAACUCCCAGUCUUGUGUCCUACAAAAAAUUCGAUACAGCUGCUGCUGAAGGGAUGGUGUACAAGUUCGGUACCGCUGCUUUUAAUGCCAUGACACAAAAUGUUGCGUUGGGUGCGGAUAAUUUUCUUUCUACCGUUAAAAAUUAUGCAUUGACCAAUGGGUCGAUGUUUGAACAGUAUGAACGGGGAUCUGGAAAGUCCACGGGGGCCAGAGAUCUUACUUGGUCGCAUGCCGCGCUUAUUUCUGCUGCUCGUGCAAAGGCUGGUACUCCUUCUGCGUAA